CUUUCUCACUAGUCUCAUCCACCAUUUGCUUUUGGGACUCCUCUUUAUUUUGUCCAAAAAUAAUAAUACACACCAGCUGUAUUUAUUAUACUGCAGAUUUCAACAAAAAUAAUUAAUUUUCAGAUUUUCUUUUUCUUCCUCAAAUCUUUGCUAUUCCAGGAUGGUAAAGGGGACAAUGCAACUAUUGCUACGUGCAAUAUUUACUUUGCUAAUUGUUUUAAUUUGUGAAGGACAUCCAGUUGAUAUUACUUAUCUACAAAGUGCAGUAGCUAAAGGAGCUGUAUGUUUGGAUGGAAGUCCACCAGCAUAUCAUUUUGAUAAAGGAUUUGGAGCUGGAGUUAACAAUUGGUUUAUCCAACUUGAGGGAGGAGCAUGGUGCAAUAAUGCCACCACUUGUCUUGAACGUACAAAAACACGAUUGGGAUCAUCUAAACUAAUGGUAAAGACAGUGUCUUUCUCAGGAAUUUUAAGCAACAAGGCUAAGUUUAAUCCUGACUUUUACAAUUGGAACAGAAUUAGAAUUAGAUAUUGUGAUGGAUCAUCCUUUACUGGUGAUGUUGCAGCAGCCGAUCCGAGAACAAAAGUAUUCUACAGAGGAGCCAGGAUUUUUUCAGCUGUUAUGGAUGAUUUCUUGGCUAAAGGAAUGAAGAACGCUCAGAAUGCUAUUCUUGCGGGAUGUUCAGCUGGUAGUUUGGCUGCAAUUCUACAUUGUGACAGAUUUAAAGGUCUCCUUCCAUCGGGUGCUAAAGUAAAAUGUCUCUCAGAUGCUGGUUUCUUUAUCAACACGCAAACUAUUUCUGGUACCUCUCAUAUUGAAAAGUUUUACAGUGAAGUUGUUAACACACAUGGUUCUGCGAAGAAUUUGCCUCAAUCGUGUACCUCAAGACUGAAACCGGGAUUGUGUUUUUUCCCACAAAACGUUGCGCAACAAAUCCAGACACCACUUUUCCUAGUAAAUGCAGCGUAUGAUUCCUGGCAGAUAAAGAACAUUUUGGCUCCUGGUGUUGCUGAUCCUCAUGGAACUUGGCGCAACUGCAAGCUUGAUAUAUUGAAAUGCUCGUCGGCUCAACUCCAAACUAUGCAAGCUUUUAGGUCAGAGUUCUUGAAAGCAUUGAACUCACUCGGCCCUUCCUCAACGCGAGGGUAUUACAUCAAUUCUUGUUACGCACAUUGUCAAACCGGAACACAAGAGACAUGGCUGAGGGACGACUCACCAGUAUUAUCUGGCACGACGAUUGCCAAAGCAGUCGGAGAUUGGUAUUAUGAAAGAAAACGAUUCCAAGAGAUCGAUUGUCCUUACCCCUGUAACAAAACUUGCAAGAACAGAAAUUUUGAAUAGAAUGCUCUUCCGUUUGAUACGGAUAACAUAGAUGAUUGAUGGAGAAGUUUAUCAAUACACACAAGACUUGCAAAUUUUGUGUAAGGGAGGAAAAGAAAAAUAUGGAAUUGAAGAAGUGUAUCAAAUAUGUACCACAAUAAGGGAAAGCCAACUCUGCAUAAAAUUGUGUGUUUUGUUUUCCCCAUAGAGAAACUAUUAUGUAUCAUUUUGUUUGAGGUUAAUAUUAUGUAUCAUUUUGUUUGAGGUUAAUAUUAUGUAUCUUGUUAUAAUCUAAUUGCCUCUAUUUAUGUCA